UAGAGUUAUCCAUGCAAAUCAAGUAAUUAGAUGCUAUAAAAAUCGCGGUCCAGUUUUCGGCAAUUAUUUCUUCAUGGUCAAUGAUAGUAAAGUAUGGUCUUAUCGUCAUGAUGAUUCAUGUUAUGAAAAGCGGCUUAGGAGUGAUAGUAUCUAUAGUCUUCUAAUUGAUGAAUUUGAAGUAUUUCAAGUCUUGAAAAAUUGA